CGUGGCUCCUCCGGCCGUAAUCCGUCUCGCCACGUGGCACCCGCAACGACGCGUGAUGUGGAAUCGCGAUGUGGCCGCCACGGCAACCGGCCGCAUGACGCCACGCUCGCCCGCUGCACCCGUCGCGUUCACCAGUGGCGCCAUUGCUGCAAGGGCCUCUUCUCGUGGCAAUUCGGUGAGCGAGGCGACGUGCACGUGGAGCGGCCAGCUGCCCCCACGCAGCCACAAGAGUCCCAUCUUCUCCCCCAAGGUGUUCCUCGGUGGCGUUCCCUGGGACAUCACCGAAGCCGGCCUCAUCAAUUGCUUCAAGAUGUUUGGUUCGGUGAGUGUGGAGUGGCCGGGUAAGGAUGGCAAACACCCGCGCUACCCACCCAAAGGUAAUAUGCCCAAAGGCUAUGUGUACAUCCUGUUUGAGUCUGAGAAGUCGGUGCGUGCGCUGCUCCAGGCCUGCACCCACGACUUCCGCAGCAGCGACGGCUGCGGAGACUAUUACUACAAGGUGUCGUCGCGUCGAAUGCGCUGCAAGGAGGUGCAAGUGAUCCCUUGGGUGCUGUCGGACAGCAACUACGUGCGGAGUCAAUCGCAGCGCCUGGACCCGAGCAAGACGGUGUUUGUGGGUGCACUGCACGGCAUGCUCAAUGCAGAGGGCCUCACCACCAUCAUGAACGACCUGUUUGGUGGUGUCGUCUACGCUGGCAUUGACACGGACAAGCACCGCUACCCCAUUGGUUCGGGGCGUGUGACGUUCAACAAUCAUAAGAGCUACAUGAAGGCCGUCAACGCUGCCUUCAUCGAGAUCAAGACGCCCAAGUUCACCAAGAAGCUCCAGGUGGAUCCGUAUUUGGAAGAGUCCAUCUGCCAGCUGUGCUGCUCGCAGGCUGGCCCUUACUUCUGCCGUGAGAUGGCUUGCUUCAAGUACUUCUGCAAGUCCUGCUGGCAUUGGCAACAUUCCCUGGAGACACUGCGGCACCACCAGCCGCUCAUGCGCAACCAGAAGAGCCGCGACUUCAUUUGAGCAGGGAGGUGGUGGUGGUGGGGGGCGCCCCAGCCUCCGGUGCUGCCGCCCGCCUGCGCCCACGCACGCAUGCCCGCGUGCGUGCGUGGGGUGUGUGGCGACGGUGGUGCCGCUCGGUUCCCCUGGGUCUCCGCGUACAGUUCAAUGCAGCUCACGACGAGACUCGGCCAUAUUUUUAACACUUUAAGGAAACCCCACCGGCUGCGAGUGUAGCGUUGAAUUUUAGCGCGCUUCAACCUCUGUCGGCGGCUCCUUAACGCCGACUCUAAACGAGCAACCAAAACGUAAACCGCAGCAUGCCAAGCCUCGUAGUCUCUGCUUGCUCACUCAGGAAGAAAUUCAACUCUUGAAAGUUAUAUAUUAUACGUAUUGCCUAUCGGUGGAAAUGGCGUUCACGAGGAAAAGAAGAAAUUAGUAGUUCGGAGGCUUUUGAGCAUUUCUUAACCAUGACCACAGCCGUCUCGAGUACAGUGGCUCCCAGUUUUAUCGGCUUCUGUUCACAGAUGAUGACGAUUGGCUUCAUUUUACACGUUCAUUUUUAAACCGCAAGUCGGGCCCUCGCCUGCAGGGGGGGGGUGGUCCGCUCCCUGGCAGCGACGCAGUGGGAACCGGUGAUGAUGGUGGGGGUGACCAGGGCGGGAUGGGGAAUCUAUGUGGCCGUGCGUGGCGGCCGCGCGUGGCGGCCGUGCUUUCCUUUUAAGACGCACGUUUUAAUUUGCACAGGGAGAUGUUUUUGCAGGGCUGCGUUGGGAAAGGGGGGGGGGGGUUCCUGGCCGCCGCCACUGUUACACGUGGCCCACGCGAUGCACCACUUUGACCCUGGUUUGUUUUGGUUGAUUUUUUUAGUAGACCGGAAGACGUGCUGAAUAUUAUUAAGCCUUAACAGUUACAUUUUUGCCACUUCGUUUACAAAGUUUGCUUUUUAAGCUUUUGUUUAAGCUUUGAGGGAAGGGUGGGGCAGGGGGGGGGGGGGGAGAGAUAUAUGAGAAAAAAGUUGAUUGUUUAUAUACAAAAAAUAUUUGAAUUUUGCCAGAUGCAGAAUACUUAAGUGUUUGUUUAAAGUGUUCAAGAGCGCGAUUUGAUUUGCAGCUCUUCUACCUCACGGUUUGGUGACGUUAGUUCUGGGUUCUGAAGGACGUUUCUCGCACAUGAAGCAAAAUAAAAUGCAAAAAAAAGUCUGCGUGGUGACUAGCAUGGCAGUGUUUGUACUGGUGGGGUUCCUGGUGGGGGUGACAUCACCACUGGUGUGGAAAUUGGAAUGUUUCUACUAAUUGGCUCCCCUGAUUUCUGGGUUUAGUUUGUCCUUCCCUGUGCACCUCCAAUAAGCACUUGGCUACACCCCGGUGCAAAACAAGUUCAACAUCGAACUUUGAAUGGGAUGACUGUCAAUGUCAGACUCCAAGAGACAGAACUGCCAAGUGAGAAGUCUCGACGCAUUCACUCAGAUUUUAUUUUACAUGGAAUGUAAAAACGAGUGUCAAGUUUACAAAAGUGGAAAUCUGACAACGGUCACAAAGUGCAAGUGAUUGGUGUAGAAGGCACGCCGCCCUGCCCUUCCCUACUGCAGCUCUGAGUUCUUGGUCUCAGGCAGGCAC